AUGGGGCCGCCGCCAGCGCACCAGUCUCAGCAACCGCGCUUCUACUCGUCUGGGCAGCAGGGCGGGCAGGGGCCACCGCCAGCGUCGCAGCAGCAGUAUCCUGCGGGUCACCACAGCAGCCAGAUCCCUCGGCAGGGAAAUUCCGGGCAGGCGUCAACAGGGCCAUUGCAACCAAAGCAGGGACAGGCCCAGCAGCAGCCGUCUCAGCACUUGCAAUCGUCGCCCAGAAUAGUUCCAGGCGGCGUGCCAUACAAUCGACUCAAGGUCAAGCUGCAGCAGCGCAUCCCAGUGUUUGGCGUGUGGUUGUCGAUCCCCAGCCCGGUGACAGCGCGCAUGUUGGCGCAGCAGGGCUUUGACUGGGCGUGUAUCGACAUGGAGCACACGCCGACUAACCCGGCGCUGAUGUCCGAGAUGAUCGCGGCGGUGGCCAGCAGCGGUACCUGCACGCCGAUUGUGCGCGUACCGUCGCACUCCCCUGAGUGGUUCAAGUGGGCGCUCGAUGCAGGCGCACAGGGAAUCAUCGUCCCAAUGGUCAACACAGCCGAGGAAAUGCGCAACGCAGAGCAAAUGUGCCGGUACCCGCCGCUUGGCAAACGAUCGAUGGGCGCAUUCCUUGCCCCCGGAAUGUUCAACCUGCGCGGACCGCGCGCGAUGAACGAGUAUAUUGAGCGCGCGAGCAGGGAUAUUUUGGUGAUUCCGCAGAUUGAGUCUGCUGAGGGUGUCGCCAACCUGUCGGGUAUUAUCAAGGCUGGCGGCAUGGACGCAAUCUUUAUUGGCCCUUACGAUCUUAGUGCAUCGAUGAGAGCGGCCCAGCAGGAUAUUCCGUAUCAGGAUGCCCUGGCCCAUGUUGAGAAGAUUGCGCAUGAUAGCGACGUGCCUAUUGGUAUUUACGCUUCGUCCGGAAUGACUGCGUGGAAAAAACUGAACGAAGGGUAUACGAUGCUGGUCGCCGCCAGCGACAUUGACUGCCUUGCUUCAUCGGCUGCUGAGAAUUUAGACCGCGCGCGAGGUGAUAAUCGCCCGUAUCGCUGA